AUGUCUGCUCCCAACGCAGGUCGUCAGUCUCCAGAGCCAGAGACCCAGACUGGUUCUCAACAGCAAGACAUCCCCACCCAGCCCGGUAGUGGAAAGCUUGAUGAAUCCAAGGGCAAGGAUGAGGGCAAGAAUGACCAGGUCUCUGGACUCUCCAGCAAUCCCAAGCACCCUCUCGCCGACGAAGCGGAGAAAAAGACGUCAAAGACGACAUAG